AUGUUGUGGCAUUGCUAUUGCCGUAAGAUCGGUGAGCUUGUAGGUACCGUUAUUAGGACGAAGGUGGGAAGUGUAAUAAUAGCGACUGCAUGUGGGUCUGUUUUGUCUGGGGUAUUUUACUUUACUGUCAAUGGUUAUGAACAUGUAAAAAUGAAGACACAAAAGGCUGAUAUUAGACAUCUAUCGCUUGAAGAAAAGUUCCGCACCUUCGCCUCUUUGCGAUUUAACGGCGUUUUGUUGAUGACCCCUUCAGAUUUUUUACGUUCUUUGGUUGAUGAUCAAAAGCAGGUCAAAAUGAUGAUAAAAAAUGAACCGCAAUUCAUCGAGAAAAUAAUGACUAGAGCAUCUAAGAAGAAACAUGGAUCUCGUUUUUUUCGAAACCUUCAAAACGAUGGGAUAAUAACAUUUUCGGAAUAUUUGUUCCUGCUGCAUAUACUAACAAAAUCUUCGUCGGGUUUUGAAAUAGCAUUCAAAAUGCUUGAUAGGGAUCUAAGUGGAUCUGUUGAUGCCAGAGAAUUCAUGAUCUUGAACCAUAUAAUCGCAGAAAGUACCGAUGAUAUACUUGAUACCGAUAGAGGGGCAUGUGAUCUCUUGCUUCCGGCAGACCAAGCAUAUAAUACAACUCUUAUGACUCACCUAUUUGGUUAUAAUAAGAAUCAUAACCUGAGCUUUGAGGAAUUUAAAAGAUUCAUGCAUAAUGUUCAAACAGAAGCACUAGAGGUUGAAUUUCAGGAGUUUUCUUCAGGCUCAUCUGCAAUUACACCAGUCGAUUUCGCUCGUAUUAUUCUUCGUUAUACCACAGUGUCUACUUCUGAGUAUGAUGCAUUCAUAAAUCGACUUGAAAAGGCUGUUCCCUCUAACAUAACAAUCUCCUUCAAUGAAUUCCAGAAAUUCUUCAUGUUUCUAAACUGUUUGGAUGAUUUUGCACUGGCAGUAAAAAUGUACACUAUUGCAGGCCAGCCUAUAUCACUACCUGAAUUUAAGCGAGCUGUUAAAGCAUGCAUUGGUAAUGAAUUAAGCUCUGAUGUUUUAACAGUCCUGUUUGCCCUAUUUGAUCGUGAUGAAGACAAUUGUCUUAGUUAUAAUGAAUUCAUUCACAUCAUGCGGGAGAGACAUUCUGGAGGACUGUCGCGUACUUCUAAACAUAAUCAGUACACAAGGAUGUUUCGAAAGUGUCUAAAACGUGAACUCCAAAGUUCAGUGAAUUGA